AUGCUUGAAUCAAUCGACGGUCUAGGGCUCGGAGGGCCAUCGACCGCGCAGCAGACAGAACAAUGCAGGCCAGACUAUGCCAACGAGGCGGUCUUCCGCCGAAAUACUUUGCCGCCGCGGUCCUACUGGAUCCCAAAGACCUCCCUGUCACUCAAUGGUGUCUGGGACUUUUGUUACGCCAGCAGUCCCCUUGAAGCCGAUGAUUUCAGUCAACAAGACAACUCGUGGACUACCAUACAGGUGCCAGGUCAUUGGCAGCUUCAAGGCCACGGUCAACCUCAGUAUACCAACAUCGUCUACCCAUUCCCAGCUUGUCCGCCAUAUCUCCCGGACGAGAACCCCACAGGCACGUAUCGACGGACUUUUUCAGUGCCACCCGGAUGGGACUGUAGUGCUCAAUUGCGACUACGCUUCGACGGCGUCGACAGUGCCUAUCACGUCUGGCUUAAUGGCGACCUCAUUGGCUACGCCCAAGGCAGUCGGAACCCGGUCGAAUUUGACAUCACGACCGCGGUGAAACGCGACAAACCCAACAAGCUGUUGAUCCGCGUUUAUCAGUGGUCAGACGGCUCCUACAUCGAAGAUCAGGACCAGUGGUGGCUCUCUGGCAUUUUCCGGGACGUCCACCUCAUAGCAUUUCCGACGACAUGCCGAAUUGACGACUUUUUCAUCCGUGGCGACCUCGAUUCUGCCUAUGAGCAUGGUGUUCUUCGCGUCACGACUGACGUCCACUGCCCCAAAGGCGGGCAUAUGGUAGUGGUCCUGCGCGAAAGGCCUGAUCGUGGGGGCAAGGCCAUAGCCAAUGCAGAAACUGAAUUUGGGGCAAAUACUCCGAAAGUCGACCUUGAGAUACGAAUGGACAGUCCCAACAAGUGGACCGCGGAGACUCCGUAUUUGUACGAUGUCGAAAUUACACUGAUGGAUGGCAGCAAUUUUGACAGCGUACAACACACGACCGGCUUCCGAAAAGUCGAGCUCAAGAAUGGCUUGCUCACGGUCAACGGAAAGUCCCUUCGAUUCCGUGGCGUGAACCGGCACGACCACCAUCCCCGGCUCGGACGUGCCGUACCACUGGAAUUCGUCCGUCACGACCUAGAGCUGAUGAAGAAACACAACAUCAACGCCGUGCGUUGCUCGCACUACCCAUCCCACCCUGGCCUCUAUGCCCUCGCCGACGAGAUUGGGCUGUGGGUCAUGGACGAGGCGGAUCUCGAAUGUCACGGGUUCUCCGAGGUCGUGGCGACCAACACGGCGGACUGGGACGGCGGAGAAGCUUCUUACGAGCGAUGGAUAGGUACGGUAUCCCAGCAGGCGAGAAAGUACUUGUCGGACAAUCCGAAGUGGAAAGCCGCCUAUGUCGAUCGAGCCGUGCAGAUGGUGCACCGGGACAAGAACCACGCCAGCGUCAUCGUCUGGUCGCUCGGCAACGAGGCCUUCUGCGGGCAGAACCACGUCGCAAUGUACGAGGUCUGCAAGCGCCUUGACCCGAGCCGCUUGGUCCACUACGAGGGCGACACCGGCAUGGGCACCACGGACAUCUACUCAUUCAUGUACGCGGAGGUGGAUGCCCUUGUAGAGAGGGCCUCGACCCGGGACGUCGCCGCGGACGGCACCUUCACAAAGCCGGUCAUCAUGUGCGAGUACGCACACGCCAUGGGAAACGGUCCCGGUCUGCUUGAGGACUACGAAGAUGUCUUUCGCUCGCACCCGCGCAUCCAGGGCGGCUUCGUCUGGGAGUGGGCGAACCACGGCCUCUCUCAGGUUCGUCCGGACGGCAAAUCGUUCCAUGCCCACGGCGGAGACUUUGGGCAAAAGGUCAAUGACGGGACAUUUGUCAUGGAUGGGCUCUGCAACAGCGAACAUGAGCCCACACCUGGACUCAUAGAAUUGAAGAAAGUUUUUCAGCCAGUCUCUGUUCGUCUGGAGGGUCGAAACUUGGUCGUUGAGAAUAACUACAACUUUGUCGACCUUGGGUAUUUGGAGGCGACAUUCAAAGUCGAGCGAUUCGGUGAAAGUGCAGAGAUAAUCCUGGCUGGAAAACUGGAGCUUCCCCCCAUUACGCCCGGUGCAAAAGGGGCUGUUAGCCUUCCUGAUGCCGUGUUUGAGCAAAAGGCUGAGUUCGAGGUGAUACUCACUGUGAACUUUCAACUGAGGGAUGAUACGACCUGGGCGCAGAAGGGGUAUGAAGUUGCGUGGUUCCAGCACCAACUCUGUCCCGGAUGCCGUCUUCCAAUCUCUAUACGCUCAGGGCCGUCCAUCCCGACAAUUUACUCUACCAAUUCUUCCCUGACCAUCUCCACAGCAAAGUCCACAUUCACUUUCAGUCGAGUCCGUGGUCUGCUUAAAUCAUGGACCACUCCUUCUGGAGCAGUAAUACCAGAGUCCUCACACCCCAAGGACGCUCUGAUCCCCGGUUUCUGGCGACCUCCGACGGACAACGACAGGCCCAGAGCACUUCCCCACUGGCGCUCUUUUGGUGUAGACAAGAUCAACUCCCAACUUCGCUCCAUGGUUCUCGACCAGAAGACCCGAGCCCACGGCCUGACCUUGAGAACGGAGACAUACAUUGCUCCUCCCUCCUUGGGCUGGGGCUGGCACGCAGUCACCACAUACCAGAUUCAGCCGGACGGCUCCGCAAUGUCAGUCUUCGUGCACUUGGAGAAGCCGGUUGGUAAUGCUCCUCAACAUUGCCCUCGAAUGGGGGUGGAUGUUGCGAUGACAAAAGCCAUCACCCACGUAAAGUGGUUUGGUCGUGGUCCCGGCGAGUCAUAUCCAGACAAGAAAAGCAGCCAGCGCCUCGGCAUUUGGGAUGUCGAUGACAUUUCUCAACUACAGACUCGAUACGAUGUCCCCCAGGAGAAUGGAAAUCGCAUGGACACUCGCUGGCUAGAGCUGACCGUCUCGGGAACAGGUCCGGUAGUGAGGGUGAGCGGGAUUGACGAGCCAUAUCCCUUCGAAUCCGUCGACACCGCACAGAACCCGAGAAAUAAAGUCCGGUUGGCACCCCAGCCACCAUUCAACUUUACAGCGACGCGGCACUCUGCCGACAUGCUCGAGAAAGCCGCCCAUCCUUGUGACCUCGUUGAGGAAGAUGUGACUUUGCUCCGCUUAGACGCGGCAGUCAGCGGUCUAGGGACGGGUGCCUGUGGCCCGGCAACGCGGGAGAAGCACAUGGUUAAACCUGCUGCAACCAGUUUUGGGUUCAUUCUGACGUUGAAAUGA